UUCACACACACUGAAGCGUGAGGGAGAAUUCACACCUUGACAGAAAGGCAGAGAGCAGAAGAACAACAACAAGAAUCAGAACUCGCGCUGGUAGUCGACAGUUUCUGCUUUAUCUACUGCUUACUACCAGCGAGAAUUCUGAUUGACUACUGCUUUAUGUCUAGGUCCUUUGGAACUAUAUUGUGUGUGUAUGUGAGAGACAAAGAGAGAGAGAGAGAGAGAAAGAAAAAAUCGUGCCUAACCUAUAAAACAGGCUUGGCAGUUCAGAGGUGUAGUUGCUGCGUUAAAGAGCGUACGGCUCGAAUAGUGCAGUAAUAUUUGCUGUGGACAUCCGACGAGAGGAUUGCACGAUGCAACGGGACGAGAAACAUUUGGAUUCCGCUCUGGAGACCAUCAUAUCGCGAGUGAACGAUUUGAAGAACGCGAUCGCCGCGAUGGUGUUCAAACUGGAACACGAAUACGAGACCCUGAAUUGGCCCAAUUUCCUCGACAAUUACGCGUUAAUUUCGGGUCACUUGACCAGUCUUUCGAAGAUUCUUGCGCCCGACAAAGCACCGAGUCUCAGGAAUUACACGGUUCUGCCGCUGCGCCUGAGCCCGGAGAAAGACGAAGAGCUGCUCAGGCUGACUGAAGGUAGAAUCCCCACCUUUGCGCACGACCUCGUGCCGGACUACUUGAGGACGAAACUGGAGCCUCAAGCUGAGCAGAAAAUGAUGCAGUUCGAAGCUAAAGCCAAUGUUAGCAACGACGUCUCACAUGACUACAAUAAACAACUGAUGCAGUAUACAAAGGUAGUUAGCCAUGUGUGGGACAUGGCGAACAAGGCGCGCGAGGAAUGGGAGAGCGAGGCCGGCGCCAGAGCGACGCAAGCGCAGACCAACAGCGCUGCGGACACCCACACCCUCGUGGCCGCCGUAGGGAUGGGGAAAGGCUUGAAAUCUGACUCCAUACAAAUGGUCCAAUCCGGCGUAAAUCCAGUAGCUGGCAGCAUGAUGGUGGGUAGACCCGGUAAUCAACAGCAAACACCGGGACAAGGGCCUCUGGGUAAUCCACCGUUGGGACAAAUAAACAAGGCGCCGGGCGCGAUAAAAACCAACAUCAAAGCGGCCUCGCAGAUCCACCCUUACAGAUAAGUACACAUCGCGGCAUCUUUGUGGGAUUCGGUACAAUAAACGACAAUAUGAUACGCAAACAUUGAUAUGAUAGUAUUUAACUUAUAAUCUUAAUAUUAAACUUAGCAGAAUUAUAUAUAUCGUCGAUCACAUGUGUAAUCUUCCGUGCAAAAGAUUCU